GUUUGCGGUAAGCCUUGGCUACUGGCAUGACCCUUACAUCCAGCAUUUUGUAAGACUGUCUAAGGAGAGGAAGGCCCCCGAAAUUAACAGAGGAUAUUUUGCUCGAGUGCAUGGUGUCAGUCAGCUGAUAAAGGCAUUUCUACGGAAGACAGAAUGUCAUUGUCAAAUUCUAAAUCUUGGGGCUGGGAUGGAUACCACCUUCUGGAGAUUAAAGGAUGAAGAUCUUCUCCCAAGUAAAUAUUUUGAGGUCGACUUUCCAAUGAUAGUCACGAGAAAGCUGCACAGCCUCAAAGUCAAGCCUUUCUUAUUACAACCCAUUAUAGAAUUACAUUCAGAGGACCCACUUCAAAACG